CUCUCAUCACCGCUGCGCGUGAAUAUGAUGUAUGACAGCAACACUACAGAGACCUGAGGAAAAGUGGGGGAUUGACGUCCUAAAUCUGACUUGAAAUAACCUAACAAAUCAUUCGGGGAUUAAGCAGUUCCAUAAAUGACAAUAAAAGUACACACAAUCUAAUUUAUUUGUGGACGUUUUGAAGCAGCCAUUAAUGUCGAUAAUGGAUUAAAUCGAUCCACCAUGGAUGGCAAAGCCGCGAUUAUAUUUUUGCUAUUUAAUGCAUUUGAAACGUUGUGUUUUCCUCAGUGCAUAACUGACAUGUCACGAGUAUAUUUUUGCUCUGUAAAUGUUAGAAAAUCAAUGCAAAAAAUAUAAAUUUUACUUGCUGUCAAGAGAGUGCGAGGCAUGAGUGAACGAGCACUGCUGCUUAAAUGCAAGACGGAGCGCAAUAAUUUGGAGUCAAAUUUGCAUUUUGUUAAAAAAAUUCUAACAGAGUCCUCAGCUUAUAGGCUACUACUUAAUUAGCCUACUUAAUGUGUGUCUCUUAUAGCAUUAAUGAUUUCAACUUUUUUUUAAAUCUAAACAAAUGUAUACAAUGAAAAUGAUGAUCAAGAAUAUUACAGUUCUGUCAAUUUCAGAAACAACUUAAAAUGGAUCAUACAACAGACAUUGGAGUGUGCCAAAGAAGAAGAAGAGAAGAAGAACCAAAAGACCAAAAUCUCAUGAUUACUAGUAAUGAUAACUGUAAAGCUUCAGUGCUUUUUUCUAAAGACUCUUUUUCUGAUUAGAUUGGGAAAAUAAAAUGUAUGACUUUUGAAAUGAGAUAACCAUGACUUACAUGAAUUAAGUUCUAUUACAUUAACCAAUACCUUUUUCCUUUUGAAGGAAAUAAAUAUUUCAUCCUUUCACCUGGGAAUACAUUCAAGGCUAAAGAGGAUAUCAUAAGAAAAGCCCUUGGACAAAAAUCAGGUCAACAACCAGAAGUGCUCAGGAGUGUGGAGGAGUGUGAUGUCAUUUUGGUUUUCUGCUGAACCGACAUGGAUGCUGCACUAAAUAUACUUAACACUCUUUCAGAGUCUAAACCGGCUGUUUUCAUGGUGCUUCAUCACACAUUUGACCCAGAGAAGAUUGUGCCAGACAGCAGCAGAUUUGUGAACAGGGUGAAUACACUCACUGUGGACUGUCUGCUCUAUGAGGAUGAAGGAUUCCUGGAUUGUGUGAAGAAUAGAGAAGCUCUGGCCAGAAUCCAUCGAUGGCAGCAGCCACAGCAUAAACAAGUCGACUCAGAGAUGGUUAAAGUAUCUUCCAGUGAACCUAUUCCUAAAGUGGAACCAGAAUAUACAAUACUUGUCCUGCUGGGCAUGUCUGUGCUUGAGAAGACUGCAGUGGAACACAUGAAAUUUGUCAGAGAGGAGAGUCGAUGUGAUGCCUCUCCAGCCCCCCUGAUGAAGAUCACAGCAAAUAAUGGAGUGGUGGACGGGGAGCAGGUGGCUGUGAUCAACACUCCUGACUGGUUCAGCUCUGCGCUCUCCAGAGAGGAAAUUAAACAAAAAAUACAAUUCUGUAUCUGUCUGUCUUCUCAUAGACCUUACGCUUUACUACUAGUCAUACCAGGAUUGCAGUCUUUUGAAGAGAAGAUAGUGAAAAAAUGGAAGGAGGUUGUUGGGGAGAGCUACUGGGAGAAGGUCAUAAUCCUUCUCACUUUUAAGGGUGAACAACAAAAGCAGGUCAACCAAGUCCAGGACCUCCAGACAAAACUUAGAAACCAGAUUCAUAUUUUCAGUACUAACAAGACUGAGGAUAGAUCUCAGGUUUCAGAAUUGCUGAAGAAGUUAAAGAAGACGGUGCCAGGAAAGUACGAGCAACAUAGUUCCUGUACACUGUCCUAAGCUCAGAUUGAGAUAGCAAGCUAUUGCAAAAUCUAAACGGCUGCACAGAUGUGAAGAUAGGAAAUACAUUGAAGUAUAACUGCAAAAUCUUUAACAUGUAAUAUGGAUUUCUGAAUUAUUAAUUAAUUAUGAGGCAAUAUUGAGACGCAUGAAACCUGUGAGGCAUGUUGCAAUUUAUAACAAUUUGGUGCAGUGACAAGGCUUAUCAUUAUUUGGUGAUGUUUGCACUGCUAUAAGCAGUUUAACUGAGGAGUUAACUGAAAGUUAUGGCAUAAUAUGUAUACAAUACACACAUACAUACUUAAUAUCUUUAGUCUUGUAGUUCGAGUGCCUCUUUGGCAAGGAUUGAAUAACAUAGAAAAACCUUUUCUCCUCUGUUAUGUUACUACAAUGAUGGAACUGUAAGAUGCAUGCAGUGGAAUCAAAUAAAUAAGUAGCCUAUUAUAUUAAAAAUGUCAUAGCUUUUUUCACUGUAAAGUGCUUACUGCUUAAUGCUUAUUGUGUGAAAUUGGCAGUUAUCCUGCAACAACAAUCUAUAAUGGCUUGCUUUAUGAUCUGAAUUUAAUUUUAUUUUUGUGUGUGUUUAAUUGUCCUUUCAAACAUAUAUUUCUUGUUAAGCAAGUGAAUGCAGCACAAAGUUACAAAGUAUUCAGAAUAUUAAAGGCUUAUUAC